GAGGGGCUGAAUGCGCAAUUACGUAAACUUUUGGGCUAAAACUAAUAGCCCACAACUUUCUGACAUUGUUAGAUUCUCCGCCAACCCCAAAAUCUGCAGAAUUUGAGCCCUUCUUCCGUUCUUCGCUGGCUCACACUCACGAAGCUUAAUUCAGCUAAAUCGGAGUAGGGAAAAAUCAUAGAACAAUGGAAACCGGGGGCGGUAGUAAGGUGAUACCGGAAUCAGUAAUGGAGGCGCUGAAGAGAACUAACAGCAACAUCGAUGAAGUGAAGGCCAAUUUGGACGAGCUGUUAUCUUACUGUGACACAGAAACCCUUUCAGCCAUGGAGCCUCUCGAGAGGGCCCGAGUCCACUUAUUGAUUGCCAAAACAACAACUACUCUCUUUGCUUUGAGGCUAAGAUGCAGAGGUGUUGAUCCAGAUGAUCAUCCUGUGAAAAAAGAGUUUGAGAGAUUGAGCUUGUACGAAGAGAAACUGCACCGAUGCAUAGACUUGAGCAAAGCUCCAUUGCGGCCCUCAACAACCAUUAACACCCCUGCAGCAGCCCGGUUUAUUGAGCAUUCUCUGCCUGAUCUUUCCUCUGAACAGAAGCAAAGCAUGCGGGAAAUUAGUCGUGGGGAGGGCCAUGGAUUCAAGUAUGUGAACAGCAAUCUCCAGAAGAAGAGAAAAUAUCAGUCAUCCGAGAAGCAAUCUGUUCGUACUGCUGCUCAGGAGUUUCUAGAGAAAGCAGCACGUGAGCUACUUGGUGAUAAUAAAAAUGGUGUUAAAGGACCAUUACAACCUGAGGAUUCAGAUGAUGAUGUCGUAGUUCUGGACUGAUCCUAUGGUUCCAUUGAUCAUAUGGACCAGCGUUUUCCGUUCCGUUCAAAUUCAAGGAAAGGUCGAACAUAUUUACCUGAGCGCAAAUGGCGGGCUUCGUUUCAUGCAGUCCAGCAAAUGGCUACUAGUCUCCUGUUUUCUGGUGGUAUACUCAGUUUUGAAUAUCCAUCGUACUGGCCGGCCAGCUGCCUGACGAGGUUAAGUGAGCAACAAACAAUCCUAUCUUAUUGUAUGUUGUUCCGCUCACUUAGCUGUUUGCUUGCGAUUUGUAAGCCAAUGUCCAUUGCUUUAUUAGAAUUUUCACCUUUUCGAAACCAAUCAAGCUAUGUAACUUUUCAGCUGAGAAAUUCUGCAACUGUAUUUUAGGUAAGGCAGGUUUUUUUUUUUCAUGCAUCUUUCUUGGAUUCUGUUGUUUUUCAGAAAGUCCUUUCGAGUCCUGAAUUGUGGAUUUUGUUUGA